AUGACCAGGUGCGCUGCGCUGGUGCUGACGGUCCUGACAUUGAGCAGGGUCCCACCUGUCCCUGCGACCCCUAUCGCAACCUCCCAGCUCCUACCUCAGAACUUUCCCCAGGCCACUCCCUGCCCUGUGGCUUCAGAGAGCCCUUCAACCAGCACCACAGGCCCCUCCGCUGCUUGGAGUCACCCCAGCCUUGGAGCCCACCCCGGCCCACGCAUCACCCUCUCGCUGGAUGUCCCCCUCGGCCUCUUGCAGAUCCUAUUGGAGCAGGCCCGGGCCAGAGCGGUGAGGGAGCAGGCUGCCGCCAACGCUCACAUCCUGGCCCAUGUUGGCCGCCGCUGA